GUGGGGAGAAGCGAAAGACUAGAGAGUGAGGAGGUGGAGAGAAAAAAAGCCGAGGAGGACGAGAAACAAAAGCACAACCGUGGGUGCCUGCAACAACCAUGAGCAGCGGCGGCUUGCCCUAUUCACCAGAGCUGCUGCUCUACCCGUGGACUAUGUCGUGAGGUGUGGCUCGCAACGCUAAGCAGCAGGGAUUCUGUCAGUCGAAACGACAGUAGCAAGCCAAGGAGGGGUGGUUCUGGUGGAAAAGAUGUCGUCCGCCUCGGUGGGGCCCCAGGGCGGCCCUCGCCCACCCACUGCGCCGCCGACGGUUCCCGAACUGCCGGACCUCAGCCAUCUCACCGAGGAGGAGAGGAAAAUAAUCAUGGCCGUGAUGGAUCGGCAGAAGGAGGAAGAGGAGAAAGAGGAAGCCGUGUUAAAGACACUGCACCAGCAGUUUGAGAGUUAUAAGGAGCAGGUGCGUCGCAUCGGCGUGGAGACGCGGCGCCAGCAGCAGGGCCAGCACAAGGACGACGCCCCCACCUGCGGCAUCUGCCGCAAGACCAAGUUCGCUGACGGCUGUGGACACCACUGCUCCUACUGCCAGACCAAAUUCUGCGCCCGCUGCGGCGGACGCGUCUCCCUGCGCUCCAACAAUGAGGACAAAGUGUGUCUCAUAGUGAAGGACAGGGUAAUGUGGGUAUGCAACCUGUGCCGUAAGCAACAGGAGAUCCUCACCAAAUCAGGAGAAUGGUUUUCGGGGCCGGGGGCGAGGCAGAUGAGCCUGGGUGGCGGCCUGAACGCCCCGCCCACGGGGGGUGACACCCAACGGGGGGACAGGAAGCUACUCCGCUCCAGGUCCCAGGCCCCGCCCUCUUCCAGCGGUAACGCAGGGGCGGCACCCAACGGAACGCAUCAGCCGCCAACGGUACCGGCCAAGGGAGCGUUGGACACCAUGCCGGCGUCACGCGCUCGGAGCGAACCACCACGAGACAAGAAAAGACCUGUGUCCCUCCAUGAGCAGAACGGUAAGCCCGGUGGUCUGGGUCGUGGUAGAGGAGGCCGGGGACCCCCAGGGAAGCUUCAGACCGUGGCCUCCCAGGAGGAGUUCUGUGGUCCUGGGGACAUAGACUGGCGGGACGGCCGGCACCUGGAGAAGGUCCGCUCCCAUGACUACCCUGACGGUGGCGACCAAGGAAAUCGCCCCGACCUCCGGAGACGCCCCCCGGAGGAGGAUGAGCUGGAGCGCAAGCGGCGCCAAGAGGAGGAGUUCCAGACGCGUUACCGCAGCGACCCCAACCUGGCGCGUUACCCGGUCAAGCCGCAGAAGGAGGAGCAGGAGAUGCGCAUGCACGCCAAGGUGUCGAAGGUGCGCCACGAGCGGCGCCACAGCAACAACGCCAUCAAUGAGGUGGGGCUGGAGGGCGGGGGAGGGAACAUGGGGGAUGUGCCUGAGAAUCGUCUCCGGAGGGGUGGCGGUGGGGGUGGUGGAGAACCGGACCGCAAGGCAUCCUUGGAGAACCACCGCGCCUACUCCAUGGACAGGACUGUAGGGGGUGGUGGGGGUGGCGGAAUGGGGCAGGGACCCCAGGGAGGUCCCCCCCUCCUCAAACAGAACCAGAACCACGGACCUCUUCAACCAUCUGGUGGUGGCCCACGAACGGGCCCCCAUCCUGGUGCUCCUCACCCCCACCAAGGACCUCCCCCUCCAGCAGGCUGGGACCCCCCUAAGGGACCCCACUCCAGCCAGCUGGAGCCCAAUUCCCAGGCAGCCAUGAUGCACAAGGCUAGGAGGGAGAAGUCCGGGGACAGCCUGCUGCGGAAGGACUCCCAGAGCUCGGACCAGUCGGAGUCGCUGCGGCCGCCCCCACCCAGGCCCUACAAGAGCAAACGGGGCGUCAACAAGAGGCAGAUGUCUAUCAGCAGCUCAGAGGAGGAGGGCGCCUCCACGCCCGAGUACACCAGCUGUGAGGACGUGGACAUGGAGAGCGUCAGUGAGAAAGGUGAUUGGGACUGCCAUCCUCUGGAUCCUGCUGUGUGGCAUCAUCCAGUGACAUGGCAGCCAUCCAAGGAGGGCGACCACUUAAUCGGACGCAUCACUCUGAGCAAAAGGUCGGCCAUGCCCCGCGAGGCAGGCUCCUUACUAGGGCUAAAGGUUGUGGGUGGGAAGAUGACAGAGAACGGGAGACUGGGGGCCUUCAUCACCAAAGUCAAGAAAGGAAGUCUGGCGGACAUUGUUGGCCACCUACGAGCUGGUGAUGAGGUACUGCAGUGGAACGGGAAGUCGUUGCCGGGAGCAACCAAGAAGGAAGUGUACAACAUCAUUCUGGAAUCCAAGGCGGAGCCUCAAGUGGAAAUAGUUGUCUCAAGGCCUAUUGGAUCUAUCCACCGCAUCAUUUCCAAUAACUUCUUGAGAAAGGUGUAUAGAGCGUAUCAAGACAUACCAAGAAUUCCAGAAACAUCACAUCCUCCUUUAGAAUCAACGGGCUCUAGUUCCUUUGAGUCUCAGAAGAUGGAGCGUCCAUCCAUAUCUGUCAUGUCCCCCACCAGCCCUGCUACCCUCAGAGCCCUCCCCGUCAUCCUGCCUGGACAGCUCUCUGUAAAGCUGUGGUAUGACAAAGUGGGCCAUCAACUGAUCGUCAACGUCCUUCAAGCCAUAGACCUACCCCCCCGACCGGACGGGCGACCCAGGAACCCCUACGUCAAGAUGUACUUCCUCCCUGACCGAAGUGAUAAGAGCAAGCGCAGGACCAAGACGGUAAAGAAGAGCGCUGGGCCCAAGUGGAACCAGACGUUCCUGUACUCCCACGUCCACCGCAGAGACUUCAGAGAACGCAUGCUGGAGAUCACUGUCUGGGACCAACCUAGAAUACAGGAGGAGGAGAGUGACUUCCUGGGAGAGAUCCUGAUAGAGCUGGAGACUGCCCUGCUGGACGACGUUCCUCACUGGUAUAAGCUCCAGACCCACGACGUGUCCUCUCUACCUCUGCCCCAGCCAUCCCCUUACCUCCCGCGCAGACACACCUCUCACGACAACCCCAGCAAGAAACUACAGAGGUCCCAUCGCAUCAUUGACACAGAGUUUGAUGAUACAGGUAUAGCGGUAGUAUCUGAAGGUGCAGAGCGUAACUCGAGGGAGAGGGAGAGGAACAGCACCCUGACUGUCCCAGAGCAGCAGAGACUGGCCCAGCACCGCUCCAGAUCUGUGUCCCCUCACCGUGAGGACAUAACAAGGGCCCGCUCCCGCCCUGCACACGUCCCCAUGCAGAGGAGUCUGGAUGAAAUCCAUCAGAACCGCCACCACUCCUGCUCCCCCUCUCGUUUCCAUGACUCCCACGGGGAGCACCGCUCCGGGGACUCGGACUACGAGUACUCCGAGGACAGUGAGGUCCUCGAGAUGCACAGGUCUAUCCGAGGCGGGAGUGCCGAGUGCCUGCACACAAACAGGGGCGUAGCUAGGUCCAGCAAUACACUACCACCCAAAAUGCCCCUAUUAGUCAAUGGUAUACACAAGGACAUAUACAGCAACACCCUCCCUGCAUGCCUGAAGAGCAAGACUCCCCGGGGGCAUCAGGGAGGGGGCGGUCCCGCCUCCCGUAGCGUCCUCACGCACCGUGUGCUCAGGUUCACUGAUGAGGUCACCGUUAGUGAUCUGCAGCCCAGUCUGGACCGGAUGAGGAGUGCCAGCACCACCUGCCUCAGACCUGACACCAACCUCCAUUCUCCUGAUAGAGACAGAUGCUCCAACUCUCUGCCCCGCAGACAGCCCACAAGUCCCAGGAUUUUAGUAGAGCAGGCCUCCCCAGAGGAAGAAAGGCAGUCAGGGAGCCUGGGCAGACCUAACAGUCAGAGAGGUAACAGCAAGAAAGGUCUGGAGGCUGACAGUCGUAUCCAGCCCACCUCUAUACUGAGGGGCAGUAGGGGGAGAGGGGGGCCGCUACGCCCCUUUAACCAGACACCCCUGGGGGGAUCUGCCCCUAACUCACCACGACCGGACAGAACACACACCCACAGCCCCUCCCCUCCUACGGGGACUCCCCAGUCAGGUCGCAGGGGCAGACAGCUCCCACAGGUUCCUGCCAGAAGCAGCAGUGUAGAGCAAGCUCUAGCAGUAGAGGAGCGAGCCAGACAGAUGAACAUGAAAGUACAUUCCUACCGGCCUUCAGCCUCCCAUGACCCCGGGACGGACCUCAAGACCAAACGAGAGAUGUAUGCGGAUCAGCGGCGGAGCUCUGACAACGUGUCGGCCCGCUCGUCAGACAGCGACAUGAGUGACGCGUCGGCCCUAUCCCGCGCCAGCAGUGCCUCACGCCUCAGCAGCACAUCCUACAUGUCCAUCCAAUCAGAACGCCCGCGCGGGCGGCUCAGUCGGCAGGUUCGUGCGGCGCCAGGCCGGACCAUGCUGAAGAGCACAAGCGUGAGCGGUGAAAUCUACGCGUCAGAGCGUACCGACGGCAGCCAAUCAGAUACGGCGCUGGGCACGGUGGGCAUGGGUGGCAAGAAGAGACGCUCCAGCCUCAGUGCCAGGGUGGUCUCCAUCGUCUCCAACAGACGUAGUCGCAGCACGUCGCAGAUCAUCGGCCCGGAGGGGAAGGGGAAGAAGGAGAAGGAGAAGGGUGCAUCCAUCCAGAGGAGCACAGAGACAGGCAUGGCUGUAGAGAUGACUAGGAACAUGAGUCGACAGUCCAGUAAAGAGUCCACCAACGGCACCAUGAACAGCUGCAACUCCGAGGGAAAUCUGCUUUUCGGUGGGGUGCGACUGGGACAGCCAGGCAACCAGUUCAGCGACUUCCUGGAUGGCCUGGGUCCUGCCCAGCUGGUGGGCAGACAAACGCUGGCCACACCUGCCAUAGGUGAUAUUCAGAUCGGAAUGAUGGACAAGAAGGGUCAGCUGGAGGUGGAGGUGAUCAGAGCUCGGGGCCUUGUACAAAAGCCUGGAUCCAAAUCCCUCCCUGCUCCAUACGUCAAGGUCUAUCUGUUGAAUAAUGGAGCAUAUGUAGCCAAAAAGAAAACCAAGAUUGCACGGAAAACGCUCGACCCGCUGUACCAGCAAGCGCUGCAAUUCGAGGAGAGCCCACAGGGUAAAGUCUUACAGGUGAUCGUCUGGGGAGACUACGGACGAAUGGACCACAAAAGCUUCAUGGGAGUUGCACAAAUCCUAUUGGAGGAACUAGACUUAACAAGCACAGUGAUUGGCUGGUACAAGUUGUUCCCACCCUCCUCCUUAGUGGACCCCACACUAGCCUCCCUGACUCGACGUGCUUCCCAGUCGUCAUUGGACAGCUCCUCGGGCCCACCGGGCACCCGAUCCUAGUGGACCAAUAGGACUACAGCUACCAAUCUUAAUGGACCAAUGGGACUAUGGCUAGCCUACCGCUUUGUGAAACGAAUUAACGUCACCUUAGAGAUUAACGGACAAAAAUUAUUCUAGAACAACAACAAUCAAGAAACAGAGUCAUAAUGAUAAAAAAAGAGCUUUGUUGAGAUCUGACAAUCACUCCUGGCAUUGUUUAAUUUGUUUGUUUGUUUUAGAGAGUGUUAGGUUUCAGUGUUUCAUUCCAGUAACGAAUUCGUCAUCGUUUUUUCGCGGUUGUAAUCUAAGAACUAGGGCUGUCGGUAAUAAACAAUGUUUGGUAGCUAGGUAAGGGUGUACUGGAGUCGAGCGGUAAGGAGACACUCAAUUCAUUGAAGAAACUAAAUAGAAAUGUAAAUGUGAAAGGAAGAAGGGUGGUAGUUUUUAGUCAAACCAUCAAUAAACAAAGAAUUGUAUGUUAGCGUUGGAAUGUAUGGACCCAAGAUAGAGGUGUCAUCCUCCUUGUCCCUCAGGGGGUGCCAUAAUGUCCUCUCCGCAGUGGCCCCCAUCCGGCCCCCAAACAGACUGCCAGCACUUCGGCCCCCAGGGCAGAGUGCUUCUGGGUGGGGUCUGUCCGGGCAAGCAGGGGUCUCCUUCUGGUGCCUAGACUUUGUGGAUUCACAUUACUGGUCCUUCUCUGUCAAAUAUCAUUUUUUGUUUUCAAUAUGUUUACCAUGGCUGGUCCAAGCCGCUCUCUCGUUUUUGUCUUUGGUACGUUUGACUUUUUUUUUCUCCGUUUGUUACUUAUGGCACAAAAAUGUUUUUAUGAUGAGUAUGAGGUUUACGAUGCGUUGCCUGAUGUAUGCAUGGAGAAGAAAAAAAGACACAAAGAAAAAAUAUGAAAUAGAGAAAAUUAAAUAGUGUCUGCAAUGAGAUGCAGGGGACUGUUCAGUGACACAUCUUAAGUUACAAUUUUUACAUUUGACGAUGAGAUUAGUGUGGGAUUACAAUGUUGUUUUCUUUGUUGUUUUCUUCGUUCAGUCACCUACAAAAAGUCCAACCCAGUUGUCUUUGUAUAGAUGUAUAUUAGACCUCCAAGGAGGUUGACCAAUAAAUAUAAUUAUACAUUUCACUUUGAACUAUCA